AGAUACUGAAAAUUUCUAAAACAAUAACAUUAGUAAGAAUGGUGUCCAUCCAUAUAAAUAGAGUAAAAGAUGGAUAAAUUGAUAAACUGUAAAAGUAAUGAUAUAAAUCCAAAUAAUCAGACCUCCGAAGAUCAUAUGAUUACAAAACUCAUCCACUUUAAUGUAAAGGGGAACUAUUUUUAUAGUUUUAACAGUUGUCAAACAUAGAAUUUAUUAACCCGCUCGAUAAGAAUAAUAUUUAAUUUCUAUAGGUUGAUAAAUGAAGUAUAUAAGAGCUGCUAUAUAAAGUGAGAGGAACCAUAUAAGCUAUAGGUCAAGGUAGCAAAGAUUGUACAAUAGAGCAAGUCUAGUAAGACAAUUUCAAAGAUAGACUAAUUGUCUAUCUAAAUACUGAAUAUAUUGAAGGAUCACAUUUGAUACAAAAUAAAAUAAAGGACUAAAUCUAGAAAAA